AUGUCAGGUCAGCAUAAUUAUCCGUCCGGCUACCCCUACGGCGCACCGCCUUCUCAGACCUAUUCCUCCGCCCCCUACGGUGCUCCGGCAUCAGGGCCGCCACAACCAGGCCAAUCCUCAGCCUACGCACCUGUAGGCACCCCAUACUCCGCCCCCUCAGCUCCUCACAACAAACCCCCAAAAGACAACCCCAAUGCACAUGGUCAGCCCCCUGCUCCCUAUGGUGCACCUCAGUACUAUGGCGGGCACCCUGUUCCACCGCCUUCUGCUCCGUACGGAAGUAGCCCGUUUGCCUCACUUGUGCCCUCCACGUUCCCGCCUGGCACCGAUCCCAACGUGAUUGCUUGCUUCCAGGUAGCCGAUCAGGAUGGCAGUGGGCUUAUAGAUGAUAAGGAACUCCAGAGAGCGCUAUCUUCGUAUAAUCAGAGCUUUAGCCUAAGAACUGUUCACCUUCUCAUGUAUCUCUUCACCAACACCAAUACCAGAAAGAUCGGUCCCAAGGAAUUCACUCAAGUUUUUCACAGUCUCCAGAAUUGGAGGGCAAUUUUUGAGAGAUUUGACAGGGAUAGGAGUGGCAAAAUUGAUGCGCAAGAAUUGAGAGAGGCUCUCCUUAGCCUUGGAUAUUCAGUAUCACCUGUGGUUUUGGAUCUGCUGGUGACUAAGUUUGAUAAAAGCGGUGGAAAAAACAAGGCUAUUGAGUAUGACAAUUUCAUCGAGUGCUGCCUCACUGUUAAGGGACUGACUGAAAAAUUCAAGGAGAAGGACACAACAUACUCUGGUUCGGCGACCUUCACCUAUGAAUCCUUCAUGUUAACUGUUAUGCCGUUCCUCAUAGCAUAG